AUGGAAGGACAAGAAGCAUUGCAAAAUUCUAAUGGCAACAUUGAUGUAAAUAGAAAAUUAUAUGCCCUCUAUAAACAAUUAAAAGCUGUUUCAUCUCAAUCUAGAGAUUUCCAUCAUUCGGAAUAUUCCGAUUUCAAAUACUCGGAUCUGAACAACUGGUUAUGGUUUAUCAAAGUCUUUCUCAUAUUGUUCAAUGUUGGUCUCUUUAUUUACAUUCUCUAUUUGAUGAAAAGGAAAUUUGCAAAAGAAACUAUUUUGAAAAUGAUCAAUAACAGUCAAACGACACAACUAGAGGAGGACAAAAACACCAACAGUAUUCAUUUAGAAGAUGAUUCCAAAAACGAGCACAAUGCCCCUGAAAAAAGAGUUGGAAUUAUCAUUUCACAUCCAGACGAUGAAGCCAUGUUUUUCACACCAAUCAUUGUAUCACUUGUUGAACAAAAUAUUCCAAUUCAUAUCUUGUGUCUAUCAACAGGAAAUGUGUUAGGAUUAGGGCAGGAAAGAAUUCGAGAACUAGAAAGGAGCUGUAUUGAAUUAGGAGUUUGCAAUUCCAACUCUGACUCUUCUCUCUCUCUUGUUAAAUCUUUAAGUGACCUAAUCAGAUCUGAAAAUAACAAAAUUGUGAUUGUAGAUCAUGAUGAACUGAAAGAUGGAAUGAGACAAACGUGGAAUACUGAAUUGAUUGCGCAACUUGUCUACAAGUUUGUUCAAAAAUUUAACAUUUCAACAAUUCUCACAUUUGAUGAGAGAGGAAUUUCUGAUCAUCCAAAUCAUAUUGCCACUUGGAAUGGUGUGAGAGAAUUCAAAAUAAGGUGUGAACGAGAAAAGUGUUUCAAUCAUGUGGAUGUUUUUCAAUUAGAGACGAGUAGUUUAAUUCGGAAGUACCUUGGUGUGUUGGAUUUGAUUGUUAGUUUACACAAAAAUAGUGAUCACAAUGUCACAAUAUUUACACCAAGUCCUCUUUUCGCUUGGAAAGCAAUGCGUGCUCACCAUUCUCAAUUCGUAUGGUUCCGAAAACUGUUUGUUCUCUUUUCAAGAUAUACAUUCGUUAAUACCUUUACAAAAUUGUCCUUGUGUUAA